UUCACUAGCUCCACCCAAUCUGAGCUUCCUGCCUCAGAGGUUUAAAGAGUGAAACACAUUUUUCUCACAGUGAAAGCAAAAGCAGCAGCUCAAACAGGUUCUUUGGAGAACAAUGGGGAACUCAGCUCCUUCAAAAGAAGAGACUCCUGGUAGUGAAAUGGCGGACCCUCAGGACAACACUCUGAGGAUUAUUCUGGUGGGGAAAACUGGAAGUGGGAAGAGCGCAACGGCCAACACCAUCCUGGGGAGUAGAGUCUUUGAGUCUAGAGUUGCUCCCUAUGCUGUCACUCCCAAGUGUCAAAAAGCAUCCAAGGAAUGGAAGGGGAGGAAACUUGUUGUUAUUGACACCCCAGGGCUCUUUGACAACAAGGAGAUGCUGGAUACCACAUGCGGGGAAUUCAGCCGGUGUGUCCUCUACUCCUGGCCUGGGCCCCACGCCAUCGUCUUGGUCCUGCAGGUGGGCCGCUACACAUUUGAAGAGCAGAAGACCGUGGCAUUGAUCAAGGCUGCCUUUGGGAAGCCAGCCUUGAGGCACAUGAUCGUGUUGUUCACUUGCAAAAAUAACUUGGAAGGGCAGAGUCUGAGUGACUUCUUGGCACAUUCAGAUGUGAAGCUAAGAAACAUCAUCAGCGAGUGUGGGAACCGCUACUGUGCCUUCGACAACAGAGCCUCAGAGGCCGAGAAGGAAGCUCAAGUGCAGGAGCUGGUGGAGCUGAUAGAGGAGAUGGUGAAGAGCAAUGGAGGGGCUUACUUUACCAAUGCCAUUUACGAGGACACGGAGAAGAGGCUGAAGCAACGGGAAGAAGACCUGAAGAAGAUCUACACCGAUCAAUUAAAUAAUGAAAUUCAACUAGUAGAAAAGGAAUAUGCUGAUAAAUCACAGGAAGAACGGGAGGAAAAAAUAAAAUUGCUAAAGAUGAAGUAUGCUGAACAAAUAAAAAAUAUCAGGGAAGAGGCUGAGAAUGGAUUAUUUAGAGAUGGUUCAAAUUGGAUUAAGAGGGUGCUUUCACAAAUAUGGCAUAUGUUUUGGUAUUUCCAGAGCAGGUUGGAAUGGGUGUACUGGCUAAAUCUGAAAAAGUCUAUCUCUGUCUGGGUCUGGGGAGUACUGCCUGACACCCCAUCCAUUUCCCUUAGUGGGAAACUAGUGUCCUCAAGGCAGGUCUUUAGAGCUGGAAGGCAAUUUAGAGACCAGUCUGGCCCAAUCCCUCUCUUUCCUGAAAGAAAAUCUGAAUCCCAGAUGGUGUGCAUGUGGUUUUAUCAAAUUCCCCGGGAUACCCAGGUCACAAAUGGGACAAGAAGUCUAGAAUUCAGCUGGCUGUGUCCUUUCCAACAUGUAAGAGAGAAAUGGUGUGAUCGACAGUGUAACAGAGGAGAGACUCCUGGUAGUGAAAUUGCAGACCCUCAGGACAACACUCUGAGGAUUGUACUAGUGGGGAAAACUGGAAGUGGGAAGAGCGCAACGGCAAACACCAUCCUGGGGAGUAGAGUCUUUGAGUCUAGAGUUGCUCCCCAUGCUGUCACCUCCAGCUGUCAAAGAGCAUCCCAGGAAUGGAAGGGGAGGAAACUUGUUGUUGUUGACACCCCAGGGCUCUUUGACACCAAGGAGACCCUGGAUACCACAUGCAGGGAAAUCAGCCAGUGUGUCCUCUACUCCUGUCCUGGGCCCCACGCCAUUGUCUUGGUCCUCCAGCUGGGCCGCUACACGGAUGAAGAGCAGAAGACCAUGGCAUUGAUCAAGGCUCUCUUUGGGAAGCCAGCCUUGAAGCACAUGAUCAUAUUGUUCACUCGCAAAGAUAACUUGGAGGAGCAGAGCCUGAGUGACUUCUUAGCAGAUGCAGAUGUGAAACUAAGAAACAUCAUCAUCGAGUGUGGGAACCGCUACUGUGCCUUCAACAACAGAGCCUCAGAGGCCAAGAAGGAAGCUCAAGUGCAGGAGCUGGUGGAGCUGAUAGAGGAGAUGGUGCAGAGCAACGGAGGGGCUUACUUUACCGAUACCAUUUACGAGGACACAGAGAAGAGGCUGAAGCAACGGGAAGAAGACCUGAAGAAGAUCUACACCGAUCAAUUAAAUAAUGAAAUUCAACUAGUAGAAAAGGAAUAUGCUGAUAAAUCACAGGGAGAACGGGAGGAAAAAAUAAAAUGUCUAAAGAGGAAGUAUGCUGAAGAAACAAAAAAUAUCAGGGAAGAAGCUGAGAAGGGCAUAUUUGAACAUGUUUUAAAUAUGAUAUGUGGGUGCUUCCAAAAAUAUGGUAUAUGUUUUGAUAGUAAAGUCCAUUUCAUUUUUCCUUCUGAAUUUAUGAUGAUUUGCGAUAGUGGUAGAUUGUAGUUUCCAUAGACAGCUGUGACAGUAGCUUCUACUUAUUCUUCCUAUAACCUGACCCUGUUACUCCUGCCACUGACUUGUGGGGCCUGUGUCCUUUACCUUGGAACUGGGCAGAUCUGGGACCAUUUCAAUUAAUAGCAGAUGGUUGAAGCAACACCUUGUGACUCUAAGGUUAUAUAUGGGCAAUGCUUCCUUGCCCUGUUGGGGUUCUUGCCCUUGGAACUUGACUGUCAUGUUGUGAGAAAGCCCAGGCUGCCUCUUGAGAGGCCCCCAUGCAGAGGGCCUGAAGUCACUGGCCCACUUCCCAGCUCACCUUUCAUUUGUGACUCACACCAACUUGCCUGCCAUGCAAGUGAGGCAACACAGAAGCGGGCUCUCCGGCUGCCCCGCCAUCUCAGACGAAGUUGCAGAAAGCAAAGAUGAUCCAUUCCCACUGAGUCCUGCCCAAAUGGCAGCUUUAUGAGAACAAAUAAAUGAUGGUUUUUGUUUUUAA